AUGAAAAGCCCUGAUGUAUUUUAUGAUGUCAACAAAAGAAGUAUACCAAACAUAAAGAGAAGGAACUCAUUGACAUGUGAUGAUGAAUGUUAUUGCUUUCUAGGAUUAUAUGCACUCAGUCCAAACAAAGACGAAGAGUGGAAAAAGUCAUUAAAAUCUUUCUUGUUUUGUUGUUGUCGCCACAAUGGGUAA